ACUCCUGAAGACCUCCUUGCUGCUAAGGAACAGCAGGAACACAGCGUCCUGGACAAGAGCCGUAUUUGCAGGCAAUAUAAAAUCGGCUGCAAGCUGGGUGAAGGAGGGUUUGGCUUUGUGUAUGAAGGGACCCGCCGCAAGGAUGGACUUCAGGUGGCUAUAAAGUUUUCAAAUAAGAUGCCAACCACGACAUCUAUCAGAGUGCCUGGUCAUCUCAAACGUCUGCCAAUGGAGAUUGGCCUGAUGCUCAUGGCCAACAAUGGACCCAGCGUUUCCCAGAUCAUUAAGCUGCUUGACUGGGAGGAUGACAAAGAUCACUACGUGAUAGUCAUGGAGCGACCAGUGCCUUGUGUGGAUUUGUUUAGUUUUUUGAAACUCUGUGGAGGAAGCCUUGAUGAGGGCAAGGCACGAUGUAUUAUGUUGCAAGUCAUUGAAGCCGCUAAAACUUGCUGUGAUCGUGGCGUCUUCCAUCAUGACAUAAAACUACAAAACCUUCUGGUGAACCAGGACACCAUGGAGGUCAAAUUAAUUGACUUCGGGUGUGGUGCAGUCAUGAAGAAAUCUGCCUUCAAAUCCUUUAGUGGCACGAGAACGUACUGUCCACCUGAGUUCGAAGCCAAAGGCAUGUGCCAUGCAAAGCCGACCACAGUGUGGACUCUUGGGAUUCUUCUGUUCGUAAUGGUGUGCGGCCAUUUUCCCACAUACCUCGAUGUGAGCUUGAUCAGUCAGAAAAGCUGGAUCAGGCUCAUCCUGACACAUGAAUGCUGCCAGAUGAUUUGUGAUUGUCUGCAUCAGGAUCCACAGAAGAGACUCAGUCUGGACGAGAUGCAUCUCCACGACUGGUUUAAGGCGUCAGCGCUGCUGUGGAUCUCACACCUGGAGAGCCACCUUACAGAUUCUGGAUAUAAACUACAGACUUAUAACUUCUGCCACUUAAACAUCGUGAGAUAUUAG